UGUUCAACCGCGACACAUUAGGUACUUUAGUUCUCAAUCACGGAUUAAGUCUGUACACAAUGUACCAGAGGGUAUCAAAGAAGAUCCCCACGCAAGAAAAGACAAAACAAGACCCCCGAGUUUUCGUACAAGAAUUGUAGCCCGCGGCCAUUCAAAUGGUUACAGGUCUUCUUGCUGGAGCAAAUCAGAUACCGUUUUUUGCACAAACACUGCCAAACUUCCUUUCCAAUUCCACAAUGUGGGGUUCAUUCGCGCCACGACAGUUCACAGCCCAUUUCUUUAGCAUCUUUGCACCUGUGUAUGAGCACAUAGCACCGGUGGAUGCUGCCUCGCGCAUCUGGACGAUAGCCACGGAUGAGGAUUGGGCGUCAACAAUUGGGGAAAAUCCUCGUCACGAGCCGACUGGAACGAGCUCUAUUGAUUUCAGAUCCCUAGAUGGACGGGCAUCAGAACAUCUCUCCUCUCUCGGACAUUCACUUCUCAACCUCGCACUUCCUCAUUCUUCUACGAGUACUUUUAACGAGCUCAAUGUCGAGACAGAGAUAAGUACUUUGCAGGAUCAACUUGUUGGGGAAUUCGUUACGGAUGCUGGGAUCACUGCAGCGACAAGCGAUAUUGAGAGGUUGAAAAGAGAGAUAGAAGCAUGA